AUGGGUGCGAGAAGUGUAUGGUCGACCGUUUGGGGCCCGCCUUUUGACAUUAGCCGGUGGAGUAAGACGAGCACAUGGGUUGCCAGCAUUCUCUUCCGAAAGAGUGCGCCUAGUCUGCGCUGGCCUGAUGUGGAGACUGUUCGGGGCCAAGCAAGCUCGUCCGUACCGUUCGAGGCCACCAGACGAAGGCGGUACGUAAAGGUACUUGAAAGGGACAACAACGGCACGGCCCUAGCACGUGCAGAAAGCUCCUGUUUCCGAGAAUCUGGACGACUCUACACCGGCCGCUCUGGACUGCGAGGAGGCACUCAUGUGCGUGAUCGUCAUGUCGAGUAUGUAAGAGCCUGGCUGGCUGGCUGGCUGCCGCGACCAGAUCAUGCGCAAUACAGAGAAGCCUGGUGUCCGUACAAGGGCUGGACCCUGGCGCUAGGAAGAUCGCUGCGCACAGAAGCCUGUGUCUCCGAAACCAGUUAUCGUGUCUUGUGGCAGUCGACUAACUCCCUCGCUUGCUUCGAAUGGCAGGGCAAGUGUAAACGAGAACUUAUGAGUCCUGCUACAGUUCCAGAAUUGGUCAAGUACCUACACGAUAUCAUCAAGGUUGGCUGCUCCUCAGAUGAGCAAAAAUUGUGUGGAACUUACAGUCAUCAAUUUGCGGCGGCACUAGACGAAUAG